UCUCCUCCAGCAUGGUGUGUCUGUGGCUCCCCAGAGGCCCCAGUGUUGCAUCUGUGUUCCUGGGUCUGUUGAUGCUAAGCUGUCCCGUGGUUGUGGUGAGGGACCCCCGACCACGAUUUCUGGAGCAGUUGAAGGCUGAGUGUCAUUACAUCAAUGGGAGGGAGCAUGUGCAGACUGUGACCAGAUUCAUCUAUAACCAGGAAGAGUUUGCCCGCUUUGAUAGUAACAUUGGGAAUUUCCAGGCAGUGACUGAGCUGGGGCGGCCCAUAGCUGAGUACUUGAACACCCAGAAGGACAUGCUGGACAAUUAUCGUGCCUCAGUGGACAGGUGCAGAAAUAACUAUGACCUUGUUGAUAUCUUCAUGUUGAACUUACAAGCUGAGCCCAAGGUGACUGUGUACCCUUCAAAGACACAGCCCCUGCAACACCACAACCUCCUGGUCUGCUCUGUGAGUGACUUCUACCCUGGCAGCAUUGAAGUCAGAUGGUUCCGGAAUGGUGAGGAGGAGAAGGCUGGAGUCGUGUCCACGGGCCUGAUCCCAAAUGGAGACUGGACCUUCCAGACGCUGGUGAUGCUGGAGAUGGUUCCUCAGGGUGGAGAUGUCUACACCUGCCAGGUGGAUCAUCCCAGCCUGGCCAGCCCUGUCACAGUGGAGUGGAGGGCUCAGUCCACAUCUGCACAGAACAAGAUGCUGAUUGGAGUCAUGGGCGUGGUGCUGGGUCUGCUCAUCCUCACAGUGGAGCUGUUCAUCUACUUAAGGAAUCUGAGAGCAGUAUCAUUGAAUCAUGGUGUUGGAGAAGGAGCUGAGAGCUCCACAUCCAGAUUGGCAGGCAGCAGGAGUGAAUGCCACAUCGGGCCUGGGAUGAGCAUCUGAGACUUGGAAGCCAGCCCCCAGUGACACACUUUCUUCAACAAGACCACACCUGCUCCAGAAGGUCAUAUCUACUAAUAGUGCCUCUGAUCCUAUGGGGGCCAUUUUCUUUCAAACCACCACACUGGUUCUAUCUAAAACUUUGUUAGAUCAGCUAAGCACCACAGAUGUCAUGAAGACAGAUAGAAACUGUUUGGAUGAGUUUCUAGAGGACCUGGGGCUUGGUUCAAAUGAUGGAUGGUCACUCUGCACCUAGAAGGAGCAGGACCCUCAGAGUCAGUCUCAGUCAUGAUUGAAGAGUUACUUUCAAAAGUAAGAAGCUAGCAGUAAGCCAG